AAGAUUCGGACCCCUCGAUUUAUCGACUCUUUUUCAUCCUUCAGCCAAUCCCUUCGUCUAUAAUUUGUGUCCCCCUGCAACCUAUCGUUAUUCUCCCUUAAAUUCGCCGCUUCAAUAAAUCUGUGUGAACUUGAACCUCCUCUAAAUUCUCGAAUUUUUUGGUCUUCCGUGCUCUUUUGUGGAGAAACUAAAUAAACCAUUUCACCUCUUCGCGACACUGCCGUAACCCUUGAAAGGAGAUCCCACCCAGGAGAUGUCUUCCGACUCCGCCGACAAACAAUAUCAAGAGGCGAUCAACGGCCUGAAGCCGUUGUCGAAUGUUGAUUAUACCUUGCCCGCGACGGGUUCCGACCUCUCGCGCUUGAGUGGCCGAGCGGACGUGGCCAUAGCGAACGGUCUGUCCUUGGACGAAGUGGAAGACGACGACGAGGAAGAGGUCGACGAAGACUACGUCGCGGUGGAUCAUGACGACGUCAAUGAAUUCCCCUACUGGUUUCGUCGCCCGCCGGUGCACCACCGCACCAAGUUGGAUGAGCUUCAUCCCUUCGUUCAGGUCCUGACCGUGUCGAAUAAGGAAGACUGCGUGGAGGUGGAACAAGCAUUCCCGGAACAGGAGCGCUGCUCCCGAGACAAAUUCAUUUACCGUCUCAACCGAUGCCCCGAACUGUGCCUGGGUCUUUUCACCCUGCCCAUCGUGAAGGACGGCGAGCCGAAGCCUCGUCCGAUCCUGGUCGGACAUAUCGUUGCGACUCGAACCUCGACAGAGCUGGUCACCGAUAAGUCCAUGCAGCUGCCGGCGAACUGGAAGACCGACCGGUUCGCGGUCGAAGAUGGCGAGACCGUUGGCCACGACGAAUACGGCAGCACGAUUGCGAUUCACUCCCUGGCCGUUCGGCCUGAGCAUCAAGGCAAGAAGGUCGCCAGCACCUUGAUGAAGUCGUACGUCCAGAGAAUUAAGGAGGCGCAAAUCGCGGACCGUCUGUCCAUCAUCACGCACGACCACCUGGUAUCGUUCUACGAGUCGUUCGGGUUCGAGAACCGCGGGCCUAGCAAGUGCCAGUUCGGCGGAGGAGGCUGGGUAGACUUGGUUCUCGAGUUCUCCCACCAAGAAUAAGAUCCCAAUGGACUGAUUCACCUUUAUUUCUCCCCACCUCGGUUACCCUUCACCUUCCCCCCUUUAUCACACUAUAUGAUUUUUCUUACCGUUCUCUCACGCACAAUUCCCAUUCAAUGGCUUAUGCAUGGAUGUUUUUUUAUGUUAAUGUUAUUACCCCUCCCCGGAUUUGGUUUUACGUGGGUUAAGAGAGAAAAAGCAACGGAGUUCUGUUUGGCUACGACGAUUCCGGAAUGGAUAUUGACGAUGAUGAAUCCCACGGCUGACGGUCUGGUUCGGUCAAGGUAAGGAGUCUUUGUAUCAUAGUCCAUAGUCCUGCGGUAGUCAAUGUAUAUGACAUU